AUGCGGGCUGGGAAAUCAUCAGUGCUUUCUGGGAAAGCCAUACUUCUGCUAUGUGUUGCCAGCUUCCUGGCAGGAUCACUUGUUUUUAGCAGCCGGGGCACAAAGUCGUCCACUACCACCGCCCUGAUCACAGCUACUAGUCGCCCUGCCCCGAAAACUCAAAGUAUAGGACGUCGUGCCAUUUCCAGCAUCCCCACCACUCAUCAUCAUGGGGAAAAGCUCAGCACCCAGCAGCUGGUUACAAAUGGAUGUGAUCAUCAGAGACGGAAGAAAUUGACGGAAAUGGGCUCUGGAGACGUUAUGGAAGAAGUGAGAAAGACACAUCAAGCGAUCCAGUCAUUAGACAAAACGAUAUCAACAUUGGAGAUGGAAUUGUCAGCAGCUCGGACUAGGAGUAGUCGGAAAACCCAGCAGCAGCAGUACUACUCCUCACUUGAUCAUGAUCUACGCAAAAACUCCUCAAAUUCCACCUCCAGUACUAGUAGCCUGCUGCAGAAGAAGGCCUUUGUUGUUAUUGGAAUUAAUACAGCUUUCAGCAGCAAGAGACGGCGUGAAUCCCUCAGAGAGACUUGGCUGCUCAAAGGAAAUAUGUUGAAGAAAUUGGAGAAGGAGAAAGGAAUAGUGAUCCGAUUUGUGAUAGGGCACAGUGCAACACCGGGAGGAGUUCUGGAUCGAGCCAUUGAUGCUGAGGAUGCGGAGUACGGGGACAUCCUCAGACUGGAUCACGUUGAAGGAUACCACCAACUCUCCUCCAAAACUCGACUCUACUUCUCCACUGCAGUCUCAAUUUGGGAUGCCCACUUCUAUGUCAAGGUGGACGAUGAUGUCCAUGUCAAUUUGGGUAUGCUUGUAAACACUCUUGCCCGCUACAAAUCACAACCCAGGACCUAUAUUGGGUGCAUGAAGUCUGGACCUGUUCUCUCUCAGAAGGGAGUCAAGUAUUACGAGCCAGAGUUCUGGAAAUUUGGGGAAGAAGGCAACAAGUACUUUAGGCAUGCCACCGGUCAAAUAUAUGCCAUCUCUAAGGACCUUGCCACCUAUAUCUCCAUCAACUCGGGGAUCUUGCAUCGGUAUGCUAAUGAGGACGUGUCGCUGGGGUCGUGGUUCAUUGGCUUGGAAGUGCAACACGUGGACGAUCGCUCCAUGUGUUGUGGAACCCCUCCUGACUGUGAGUGGAAAAGGGAAGGAGGGAAGACAUGCAUUGCGUCAUUUGAUUGGUCAUGCAGCGGGAUAUGCAACUCAGUGCAGAGGAUGAAAGCUGUGCACAGCGCUUGCGGCGAAGGAGACGGGGCUGUUUGGAGUAAUAUUGUUGAUGCCGAUUUCUAA